AUGCCAUCUUGGGGUACUGCAGCUCUUUGCUGCUUAUUUCUACUUGUUGCAGAAAGGUGCUAUACGUCACAGGACUUGGACUUCGACCCAUUCAUCCAAUAUGAAAUUGACAGUACCCUAGAAGAGGAACAUUUCCACUCGGAGUGGGAAAGGCAGAAGCGAAAUGUGAUUACUUUUGACCUGCCUGCUCUGGAGUAUACCAUUGACAUUGAAGUAAGCCUUAACGAUUCAUCCUUUCUGGAGCCAGUGAAAGAGUAUUUCAGGAACCUUAGUCUUCCAGUUACAGCAAAUGUUUCAAAUGUAGAGGUGACGGUUUCAAGCAUCAAUGUUACAACAGUUUGUCAUCCCACUGGGGAGAACAAGAGCUGUUGCUCCUGCGAAAGCGGAUACGCUUGGCCCAGAUCAGUUUGUGGUGACUUGAUAACUUGCCCUGCUGCCAGUCUAGCACCCACACAGUCCUGCAGCUACAUGAAGCAACUGCCUUUCUACGGGCCUUACUGUGAGCCUCUGACAGAAGACUCUUGUGGUAUGGAAGAACCCCUUGUAAUAAAUAUUUCAGUCAAACUCGACACAGGCUUUUCAAAUGAUCUCAUGGAUUCUUCUUCUGAAUUAUACAAAAAAUACAAGGCUGACCUUGAAAAAGCGUUUAAUGAGAGCUACACAUGUUUACCAGGCUUUGUAUCAGCAACAGUAACCAGUUUCAGGUCUGGAAGUGUUUCUGUGGACUAUGAAGUAAAAGCAGCAUCAGCAACCUUCAAACAGAUAGAAGAUUCUAACAGAUAUGUACCACAACUUCUAGAUACAUCGUACAGACUAAUCCCCAACUCCUUUACUACAGAAAUAACAAAUCAGACAAACUUCACCGUGAAUCCCGUGGAUAUUUUUGAAGGGGAUACAAUAACAUUGAUUUGUAAGACAAAUAUAGCUACCGAGAAUGUGACCUGGUAUCAUUCUGGUCAGAACAUCUCAGACAGCAACCGGCAUUCACUGACGAUACAAGUUACGCAAAGUACCUCAGAGUCAAUUCUUAAAAUAACUGAAGUUACUGCGAUGGACUCUGGUUCCUAUAUGUGUGUUUUCACAAUGAGUGGUCCAUUCUACAACCUGAGAUAUAAGGCCACAAAAGUAAUAGAUGUCUCUUCACUACACAUCAUUUCACACUUAAAUGACAUUGAUGUUACCUGUAACAGUCCUGAGAUGGAGACAAACAGUCCUUUGCUGUUCUGCUGUAUUGACAGACAAGUACCAUCACUAACUGGUGACUGGAAAGUAAAUGGACCUAUCAAUAUUACAGGUGUCUCCAGUUUCACUGGAAACUGCACUGAAUACAAGCUCCAAGUCAACGCGUUGCUGUGUCCACCUGAGAAGUCGGGUACGGUGACAACGUACACGUGUGAGCUGCAAACUGGACACGGUGCAAGCACCAGUCAAAAUAUCAGUGUGACAUAUUUCCGAGCAGCAAAUGUAACCAUAACUCCAAGCAUAAAAACAUUUGUUUCUGCGGGAAAAUCAUUUAAUCUGACAUGCACAAGUGACGUGAGCAAUUAUGACAGUGUCAUCUGGGAAAUCCAGCGCGGAAAUUAUGUGACAACCAUAGACUUUGCUGCGUAUAUCAGCAGCAGUAAAAUCCCAGCCAAAUCUGUGCUCAGUGUGAAUACUGCCACUGAGGACUGGAACGGCACCUACAUCUGCACGUUCUCCCAGAAGAACAUGAACAGUUCUGCCAACACGACAGUCGUAGUUGUUCCCUUGCCUCUGAAGCAGAACAUCCUGCUAGACCCCAUCACGGCGUUUGUACACAGCUCUGUGUCACAGCGCCUAAACUGCUGCAUAAAUGCUAAAGCUAGUGAAAGUUAUUAUGUCACAUUUGUGGUUCAACAAGAUGAAUUUCAAGCGG